AUGUGGUCAAUAAUAGGAUUGGGUAUUGUAACAUUGUUCAUUAUAUUCAUAACUCACUGCUUUUAUAAGUGGAACAAUCCCAAAUGCAAUGGAGUUCUCCCUCCAGGUUCCAUGGGCUUCCCUCUCAUUGGAGAGACCCUUCAGUUGAUUAUUCCCAGUCGCUCCAUAGACCUUCAUCCAUUCAUCAAAACCAGAAUUCAAAGAUAUGGGCGAUUGUUUCGUACCAGUUUGGUAGGGUGGCCUGUGGUAGUAUCGGCUGACCCUGAUUUCAACAGCUUCGUCCUCCAACAAGAAGGGAAUUCUGUUGAAUUGUGGUACUUGGGCACUUUUUCUAAUGUUUUUGGAAUGGAUGGUGAAAGUAGGAUGAGUGCAGUAGGUUCCGUUCACAAUUACAUAAGAAGCAAAUUGUUGAGUAAGUUUGGUGGCGAGAGCCUCAAGGAGGUAAAGGAAUUGGUUCCUCAACUAGAACAAAUGGUUCACAAAACUCUACGCAUUUGGUCAACCCAAGAAUCCAUUGAAGUGAAACACGCCACUGCAACCAUGGUUUUCAAUUUUACUGCAAAACAGAUGUUUGGCUUUGAUUAUGAAAAAUCAUCGGAGCAGAUAAGUGAUACUUUCACCAAUUUCUUACAAAGUCUAAUGUCAUUUCCUCUGAACAUCCCCGGUACUAGGUUCCACAAGUGUAUGAAGGACAAAGAGAAGAUGCUGAAUAUGAUAAAGAAUAUACUGAAGGAGAAACUCGCUUCACCUGAGACAUGCCAAGGGGACUUUCUUGAUGAAGCCAUCAAAGACUUAAGAAGCGAAAAGUUUUUGACAGAGGAUUUUAUAGUUAUGUUAAGCUUUGGAGCUUUAUUUGCCAGCUUUGAAGCAAUAUCAGCUGCACUUACCCUAGGUUUGAAGUUACUUUCGGAAAACCCUUCAGUUGUAGAGGAGCUGAGAGCUGAGCACGAAACGAUUCUUAGAAACAGAGGAAGUUCGGAUUCUGCACUGACAUGGGACGAAUACAAAUCAAUGACUUUUACUCCUCAAGUUAUCAACGAAAUUCUUAGGAUGGCUAAUGUUGCUCCAGGAAUAUUAAGAAAAACAUUGAAAGACAUCCAAGUAAAUGGUUAUACAAUUCCGGCAGGUUGGAUCAUUAUGAUUGUCACUCUUGCUCUUCAACUAGAUCCUAACGCAUUUAAGGAUCCACUUGUAUUUAAUCCGUGGCGUUGGAAGGACCUGGACCCAAUAGUUAUAUCCAAGAAUUAUAUGCCUUUCGGAGGAGGCAUGAGACAAUGCCCAGGUGGACAGUACAGUAAAUUGUUCAUGGCCACAUUUCUCCAUGUUCUAGUCACCAAAUAUAGGUGGACCAAAAUCAAGGGAGGAGACAUUGUUCGGGCUCCUAUUUUAGGGUUUGGAGAUGGCAUUCAUAUGAAGUUUUCGGAAAAAGCAUGA